CUAGUCCCAGUUCACCAUAUUCCAGUGUCCAAAACAUGGAGGAUUCUUGGGAGCUUGUUUCUGUCCCAGCGGAAAUUCAGCACUCCACAGCUGGUAAAGAAACUCCUCAAGAUGACUCUGAGACCUCUCUUGAAAAGAAUGACGGAAAUAACAAAUCCAAGAAAAUCACCAGUGGUACUCCAAAGCUGUGUGGGUUUCUGAACAAGCUUGGAGCAAAGGGAUUAAAAACAUGGAAAACAAGAUGGUUUGUAUAUGAGGAAAGAAAGUGCAAGCUGUAUUAUUACAGAACUCCACAGGAUGUCACACCUCUUGGCCAUAUCGAUUUGGCAAAUGCGUCCUUCACCUUUGAUGUAGAAGAUGCGGAUAGACUGAAUGGGUUUAAGAUUUGUACAUCCGGAAGAAUCUAUCAGCUUCAAGCAAAAGAUAAGCAAACUAUGAUGUUUUGGCUUCAAGAGCUUCAGGGAAGAAGGCGGGAACACAGUAAAAAACGAGCAAACAUUGUUGUUCAAAACAAAGGAGACAUAUCAGCUCUUGGGCAAUCAACAUGUGGCCUGCUGGCUGAGGAGGAGGAAACAGAGGAGGAAAAUAAAGAUGAGGCACCCCUCCCCAUCAUAGAGCCGGUGCCAGCACCUGAGUCUGUGGGAGAAGAAGCCGCUACCAUGAAAGCCACAUCACCUGGAAUCCUGUCUAACUUUUCUUUCACAAACCUUGUGACUGAAAUAAAAAACAUAAAUGCAAAGAGAUCAUCAGUAGUCUUAUCACAACAGCCACCACUCAUAAUAUCAGCACCUUUGAUGCCAGAUGAUGAUGAAGAAGCUGAUGAAAGCAAGAGUUCGUUUCAGAGUCACAUCAAGAUCGAGAGUCCCAAACCUGACACUUGCCAGGCCCAACAAGAAAACAUGGACGAAAAAGUAAAGCCAUUCAGUUCCACUUUUCUCAAGGCUACAACACUUCGGAGGAAGUUUGGCAGUAUGCGAACAUCGGGUCAGCCAGUAGUAGGUGGAAGAACAACGUCUCGAUGUGCAGAAUGUGAAAAGUUAGAGGAUGCGCUAGCUGCUGCAGAAACAAGCUUGAAAUCUGCAAGGGAUGAAAUACAAGUGAGGCAAGAUGUGAUAGAGAGUCUUCACGAGCAUCUCAGACAAUUUGAACUGGAGAAAAGCAAAAGAACACAAAGUUCAGACGAAGAACAGAGAUCGCUUUCAGAAGAAAUGAAAGACAAAUUAAUUUACAUCUCACAGCUUGAGGAGAGGUUGAAGGAAUUGACUGAGGAGCUUGAGAAGUCUGAUAAAGUUAUUAAGGCCAACGAUAAGGAGCUGAGAGAGUGUAGGGACCAAAUUCAGAUGUACCAGGAGAUGACUGCUGUUAAGGACCAGGUUGUGGUCUCACUCACUAACCAGUUGUACGCGUUAGAGAAGUCCACUGUUGAAGGAGUAGAAGUACAAGAGUUUGAUGAAGAAGAUGAUGGUGCCAUUGAAAACACGGCUCCGUGCAAAGACACGGACCCUUCGUCUGUAGAGAGAAGCAUUGAUGAAAUACAAGAAAUAGGAAAACUUAAGGAAGCGUGCCAAGCUUAUGUGCUUCAAAAUCGCUUCUUGAACAGUGAGAUUCUGGAGUUUAACAAGCUCAGGGCACACGACAGUCAGAUACUCAGAGCACAGGCCAUACGACUGGCCACCAUUGAAGCCGAGAUGUGUAAAUGCAAAAGCAAGUACUUUCUUGUAUUAAGAGAAUUCCAGAAACCACGAAAAGAUGGUGAGAACUGGGGUAUGGAUGAUGAAGUUAUCAGUAGACUGGUGGAAGACGCUAUUGACAGCGAGUCACGUGAGGUGUUGACGAUGUCCAGGUCCAGUAUCCAGCCAUAUGACCGCUGGGGCUUCAGACAAAAUCUAGAAGGUGAAGAUGAAGAGGCAUUCUUGUCAAUGGCCAAGAAGAUGGACAGACGAUCAGAGGAACUCAGGGCAAAUAUAAGCUCCCAUGAGAUGUCCGUGGAAGUGAAGUGGGAAAACUUCAUGAUAGCUCACAAGAAUAGAGAAUUACAGAAAACACCCGAACUGAAAGCGCUUGUUCGAAUUGGUGUACCACACGAGCAUCGUGCUACAAUAUGGAAAUACUGCAUUGACCAGUGCGUACAAGAAACCAGGAAUCUAGCGGGUGAUGGCUAUUAUGCACAUCUGCUGGAGAACAUGAAAGGAAAACAUUCCCCAGCUGUGAAACAGAUUGAGUUAGACUUGUUACGAACAUUACCAAAUAACAAACAUUACGACAACCUGGACGCUGACGGGACCACUAAACUAAGGGAAGUUCUGUUGGCUUACAGUUGGCAUAAUCUUCAUGUUGGUUAUUGCCAGGGUUUGAACCGUCUGGUUGCCAUUGCUUUACUUUAUCUUAACGAAGAAGAAUCGUUUUGGUGUUUAGUAGCCAUUGUUGAACAUCUUCUACCAAGAGAUUACUUUUCCAAAACACUUAUCGCAUCACAGGCGGAUCAGAGAGUGCUCCGAGAUCUGUUGGCUGAAAAACUACCACGACUUAGCGCUCACUUUGACGCUCUCAAUGUGGACUUGUCACUGGUGUCUUUCAACUGGUUUUUAACAAUUUUCGUGGAUAGUUUUCCAGUGCAGUCAACUCUUCGAGUCUGGGACACUUUUCUUUUUGAGGGAAACAAGGUUUUGUUCCGGUUUGCUCUGGCCGUCUUUAAGAGCAGUGAAGAACAACUUCUUAAGUGUCAAGACCACAUGAGCAUAUUCAACUUCCUGAGACAGAUGCCGGAAAAAGUCACAGACGCAAACAACUUAUCUCAGAUUGCCUUCCAGUUGCUGAACCCUUUCCCGAUGCAGAAGAUCCGAACAAAACGUGCUUAUCACAUGGAUAUCGUGAAGCGUGAACUUGCCGAGUUGGACAAGUUACGAGAGGAUUACGUCACUAGCAAAGCAGACAAACCCGAGUCCAGAGAUGGAGACAUGUUGGGUGAAGACUAAAAGACCUGGGAACUAGUUUCCAGUGAUCACAUGAAUGGCGUGCUGUGGGACAGUGUGAACGGAAUGUGGACUGAGUCAUUAGUGCUCCAAAAAUGCUGUUAGCUUUUCGUGUGAGAAACGAAAUGUAAGAACUAUAAUUGUUUGGGAUAUUUUUGGCCUGUGAUUGAUGUAGGAGUAAUUAUACAGUUGGACUGACUUCGCAAAGCGACAAUCUGAUGUAAGCAACCAUAUGUAAACUAGCCGAGUUUCUCUCUUGGGGCCAAACGACUCUGAUUACAGUCACAGUCUAUAGGAAGUUCAAUUGUAUAUGUCCUGGUUGAAAUUGUACGUAUGUAAAAUAUUACAUGAAGAGUUUGUAUGUAGAAAAAUUUAUACCCUGCCUGAACUUGAUUGGCAAAAAUAUUCACGUGUGAAGGCUUAUGAAAAUGUAUUAAAGGCAUCAGUCUUAAGAGAUGUUGUUAAACAACGUUUGAAUGUUUCUCGUUCAAGAAUGUCCCGUUAUUUGUAGGCAAUUCUUUGCAGUCACUAAAUAUUUAGGAAUUCAUUUUCAUGUGUUCGUCAAGAGAGACCAAAAUAUUUUCGAAUAUGUUUGAAUCCAUACUCUUUCUUGACAUAAUGAAUAUAUAUAGGUACACACUGAAUAGAUUUUUAAGAAUUUGCUAAGAACAAUUUAAGUCAGAAUAACUUAAAAUAAACAAGUCACAAUGGACAUUAAUGUGGGUAUGAUAAUUUAAUUUUGCAUCGAAAAAUUCCACGCGUUGUCUUAGAUUUUUUCGGCUGAAUUAUUGUCAUAUAAUACAUGUAAACAAUUUUUAAA